UUGGUAACCACCAUGUGACACUUUGCUUGCCUUCAAUUCCUCCAUUGUUGAUCAUAACCACUUACAGUGACUUCCUUCUUAGGGUUUCUUCCUCAUACAAAACCCCCCCACCCCACCUCCCCUUUUCUUUUCAUAGUUCAUCAUCAUCAUUCAAAAAUGGAGAAUAUGGUCAAACAAAGAAGGGUUUCGUUUUCGGAGCACGAAAACAAAGAGUCCUUCAACAGCGAAUAUGCAGCCGCGAUCGCCGCAGCCUCCUUCGCUAUACACUCAUUCGAAGAGAAAACGAGCUCUCAGCAUCAGAAGAAACAGAAACCUAGAGAAGAAGGUGAAGCUAAUUCCAGGAGAACAAGAAUCAUGAGUCUGGCUGAUAAAACUCCAUCGUUUAGAAGACCUGCAAGUAGGCCUAGAGAUGCAUCUGCUAAUCGAAGUUUAAGCAUCCAUGGAGGUGGAAACACCAAAGUUGAUGCUUGGGAGAAAGCCGAAUUGCUAAAGAUUGAAAAACGAUAUGAGAAGAGCAACCAAACGAUUCUUGAAUGGGAGAAGGAGAAGAAAGCAAGAGCUAAACGUCGAGUGGAAGAGAAAAAGAAAGAACUGGAUCAAAGAAGAUCGAUGAACUGGCAGCAUUACCAAAACAAGCUAGCGAGGAUCGAUCAUGUAGCUGGAGGAGCUCGAUCGCAGACCGAAGAUAAAAAGAAGCACGACGAGAAGAAGGUAAAAGAGAGAGCAAGGGAGAUGAGAUCGCUGGAAGUUUCAUCUCCAAAAUACUGUUUUUUCUGCUGAUCAUAUGGUCUCAAGAUUUGUUUGUGUUUCCAAGAGUUCUGGAAAUGAUGUUAGAAUGGCCAAGUUCAUGUUCAUCAAUUAAGAUAUUUAAUCAACUAUCAAG